AACUUUACCAUCUUCAUCUCAUUUACUAAACUGCUUUUUCAUCUUCUCUCUCACACACUAACACCAAAAACACACCUACACCACUUUUUUCAACCCAAAACCACCAUCUAGAGUUUCUGUUACUCCAAAUUUCACGAUCAAACCUUCAAAAACAAUCAUAUUCUUGCUUCUGCAGGUUCCGAAGUUGAAAUCAGCGGUUAAUUUUGUUGUUUUCUUCACUUUUUCGAUGCAAUUUGAACCUAUAACCAUCAUCUAGGGUUUCUGUUACUCUAAUUUCACGAAUAAACCGCCAAAACAAUCGUAUUCAUGCUUUUGCAGGCUUCCGAGUUGAAAUCAGCGGUUCAUUUUGCGGUUUUCUUCGCUUUUUCGAUGCAAUUUGAACUGGAAACCAUCAUCUAGGGUUUCUGUUACUCGUAGUUUGACGAAUAAACGGCCAAAACAAUCGUAUUCAUGCUUUUGCAGGCAUCGGAGUUGAAAUCAGCGGAUAAUUUUGCGGUUCUGUUCACUUUUCCGAUGCGAUUGCGGUGAUGACUCAUCUGUUUCGACGGUUAUUCGGUAAUGGCGGUGCGUUUGUUUUCGAUUAUCAUACUGGUUUUGUUAAUUGUUGUGUUGAAACCUGUGUUGAUGAAUGAGAUAUUGGAUUUGAAUGAUGGAGAUGGUUAUGGUGAUGACUUGUUAGGGAGGUUAUUCCGGCAGGAUUACUCUCCGCCGGCACCGCCUCCGCCGCCGCCGCAUCCACCGUCAGCGUCGUGUCAGGAUGACCUAGGUGGAGUCGGUUCGUUGGAUACUACUUGUAAGGUUGUUUCUAGUUUGAAUUUAACUCGGAAUAUAUAUGUAGCAGGGAAGGGGAAUUUUUAUGUUCUUCCUAAUGUGACUGUGAAUUGUUCGUUUGUUGCUGGUUGUGAAUUCGGCGUAAAUGUUAGUGGUAACUUUACUUUAGGUGAAAAUGCGCGAAUAUCGGUAGGGUCUUUUGAGUUAGUGGCUAUGAAUGUGGUAUUUGGGAAUGGAUCUGUUGUGAAUACCACUGGUUUAGCGGGUGAUCCACCAGAGCAAACUAGUGGGACACCUUAUGGACUUGAUGGUGCGGGUGGAGGGUAUGGGGGAAGAGGUGCUGCGUGUUUGGUGGAUGACGAGCAGCUUCCGGAUGAUGUUUGGGGUGGUGAUGCGUAUGCGUGGUCGAGCCUAGCAAAGCCGUUGAACUAUGGGAGUAAAGGUGGGACUACCAGUAAGGAGGUGGAUUAUGGAGGAGGUGGUGGUGGAAAGAUAACGGUGAUGGUUAACGGUAGUAUUGAGAUGAAUGGUCUUUUAUUGGCUGAAGGCGGAGAUGGGAGUCCGAGGGGCGGUGGUGGGUCCGGGGGCAGCAUCUACAUCAAGGCUUAUAAGAUGACCGGAAGUGGGAAAAUAAGUGCGUGUGGAGGUAAUGGUUUCGGUGGUGGGGGCGGAGGAAGAGUUGCUACCGAUGUGUUUAGCAGGCAUGAAGACCCUAAGAUCUUUGUCCAUGGUGGUUAUAGUGUUGGUUGUCCAUCAAAUGCGGGUGCUGCAGGAACUUUUUAUGAUGCCGUGCCCAGAAGCCUUAUAGUCGAUAAUUUAAACAUGACAACCGACACAGACACGCUUCUUAUGGAAUUUCCAUAUCAGCCUCUUUUGACGAGUGUAUUUAUUCGAAAUUUUGCUAAGGCUGCAGUUCCCUUACUUUGGAGCCGCGUUCAGGUACAAGGCCAAAUUAGUCUCCUGGAUGGAGGUAAAUUGAGCUUUGGGCUGUCUCAUUAUCCUUUAUCAGAAUUUGAAGUACUUGCAGAAGAGCUGCUGAUGAGUAAUUCUAUCAUCAAGGUUUAUGGGGCUCUGCGUAUGUCUGUUAAAAUGUUUUUGAUGUGGAAUUCGCAACUGGUUGUUGACGGUGAAGGUGAUAGGAACGUGGGGACUUCUGUUCUUGAGGCAAGCAAUCUUAUUGUUCUCAAGGAGUCUUCAACAAUACAUUCUAAUGCAAAUCUCGAGGUUCGUGGGCAAGGUUUAUUGAACUUGUCAGGGCCAGGUGACUGUAUUGAAGCACAACGACUGGCUCUCUCACUGUUUUAUGGUGUUAAUAUUGGUCCAGGUUCUGUUUUGCGUGGUCCUUUAGAAAAUGCUACAGCUGAUGCUUGGACACCUAAAUUGAACUGUGAAUCUCCACAAUGUCCAGAAGAACUACUUCGUCCACCUGAUGACUGCAAUGUGAAUGCUUCAUUGUCCUUUACUCUUCAAAUAUGUCGUGUUGAAGAUAUCCUAAUCGAAGGCCUUAUAAAAGGAUCUGUUGUGCAUUUUCAUAGGGCAAGGACUGUUACUGUUCCCUCUACGGGUACAGUCAGCACAUCUGAGAUGGGUUGCACAGGAGGUGUUGGUAGGGGCCAAUUAUUGAGCAACGGGAUUGGCAGUGGGGGAGGUUAUGGUGGUAUGGGUGGACACGGCUGUUAUAACGGGACAUGCAUUGAUGGUGGUUUUCCGUAUGGUGAUGCUGAUUUGCCAUGUCAGCUAGGUAGUGGAGGCGGAAAUGAUAGCAUUGCUGACUCAACUGCUGGUGGUGGUGUUUUAGUAAUUGGUUCGUUGGAGCAUCCAAUAUCAAGUGUGAGUGUUGAUGGAUCACUUAUUGCUGAUGGAGGAAGUUAUGGAGCUAAGACUGCCAGCAAUCCCUACGAUUUAUACCACGUGGGCGGCGGUUCUGGCGGUGGAUCUGGUGGAACGAUUCUUUUGUUUGUAAAUACUCUGUCUGUUGGUGAAUCUGGAGUUCUUUCAAGUGAUGGAGGUUAUGGUUAUCCAAAUGGGAGUGGCGGUGGAGGCGGUGGACGAAUUCAUUUCCAUUGGUCACGUAUUACAACCGGGGAUGUAUAUCAACCAGUAGCUAAUGUCCAAGGGAAUAUAUCAAUUGGGGGAGGACUUGGUGGAAAUGACGGUGGUGAUGGAGAAAAUGGAACCAUCACUGGAAGGUCUUGUCCUAGAGGGCUUUACGGGAUAUUUUGUGAGGAAUGCCCUCUUGGUACCUACAAAAAUGUUACAGGAUCCGACAGAUCUCUAUGUUUUGAGUGCCCCGCUGAUGAGCUUCCUCAUCGUGCUCUCUAUGUUCCAGUUCGAGGGGGUAUAACCGAGACACCUUGUCCUUACAAAUGUGUUUCAGACCGAUAUCAUAUGCCAAAUUGUUAUACAGCACUUGAAGAGUUGAUUUACACAUUUGGCGGGCCUUGGUUAUUCGGUCUACUUCUUUUGGGCCUUCUUAUCCUGUUGGCCCUUGUGCUUAGCGUUGCAAGAAUGAAAUUUGUUGGGCUUGAUGAGUCACCGGGCUCUGCUCCUACACAAGGAUCUCAAAUGGAUCACUCUUUCCCUUUCUUGGAAUCACUAAAUGAGGUUAUGGAAACUAACAGAGUUGAGGAUUCACAAGGUCAUGUUUAUAGAAUGUACUUUAUGGGUCUAAAUACUUUUAGUGAUCCUUGGCAUCUUCCUCAUACACCUCCAGAGCAAGUGAAAGAUAUUGUAUAUGAGGGGGCGUUUAAUAGAUUUGUGGAUGAGAUUAACGCUUUAGCCACUUAUCAAUGGUGGGAAGGAUCAGUUUACAGCAUUCUAGUUUUCCUUGCUUAUCCUCUUGCAUGGUCAUGGCAACAAUGGAGGCGAAAGAUGAAUUUACAAAGAAUACGUGAAUUUGUUAGAUCCGAAUAUGAUCAUGCCUGCUUACGUUCUUGCCGUUCACGUGCUCUUUAUGAAGGCCUUAAGGUAGCUGCAACAUCUGAUUUAAUGCUAGCCUAUGUGGACUUCUUUCUUGGUGGUGAUGAAAAGAGAAGUGAUCUUCCCCCUCGGCUUCACCAAAGAUUCCCGUUGUCUUUGUUGUUUGGUGGUGACGGAAGUUACAUGGCACCUUUCUCACUUCAAAGUGAUAAUACCAUCACUACCCUCAUGAAUCAGGCUGUGCCUCCUACCACUUGGUAUCGGUUUGUGGCUGGGUUGAAUGCGCAAUUGCGGUUGGUUAGACAGGGUCGCCUCAGAGCUAUGUUUCGUAGGGUAGUCACAUGGCUUGAAACUUAUGCCAAUCCUACUUUGAGGAUUUAUGGUAUACGUGUGGAUCUUGCUUGUUUUGAAGCUACAGGCGGUGAAUAUUGUCAAUAUGGACUACUUGUAUCCUCUGCUGGUGAACCUAAUUAUAUCCGUUUCGAGAAUGCCGGUACAACUACUCAACAGGUGCAACACCCAAGUAAUGACGAUUUCUCGAGAGACGAUCGAGCCAGCAAUUCAAGAGAAUUUACAAGCUUAAUUCAACACAGAAACCCUGAAAAGAAUAUAAUUCAAAAGAGGAGUUAUGGUAGGAUCUUAGAUCUUAAUAGCUUGCAAGUCUUCAACGAGAAGAGAGAUAUAUUCUUUCCCUUCUCUUUCGUAAUUCACAACACAAAACCCGUUGGCCAUCAGGAUCUUGUUGGGUUGGUGAUCUCUAUACUGCUGUUGGGAGAUUUUAGUUUAGUUUUACUUACACUUCUCCAACUAUAUUCAAUUUCCUUUGUGGAUGUGCUUCUUGUUGUCUUCAUUUUGCCAUUUGGUAUAUUGCUUCCGUUUCCGGCUGGGAUUAAUGCUUUGUUUAGUCAAGGACCCAGCCGUUCUGCUGGCCUUGCUCGUAUAUAUGCCCUCUGGAACAUAACAUCCUUUGUUAAUGUGGUGGUUGCGUUUAUGUGUGGUUAUGUUCAUUACUGCAGUCAUCCCAAUACUAAAGUGCCGGACUUUCAGCCAUGGAACAUGGAUGAAGGUGAGUGGUGGAUUUUCCCCGCUGCACUCGUUUUGUGUAAAUGCGUCCAAUCUUUCCUUGUGAACUGGCAUGUUGCUAAUUUGGAGAUUCAAGAUCGAUCCUUGUAUAGUAAUGAUGUUGUGACAUUUUGGCGAUCAUGAUAUCUUUUUGUUCGUUUUGACGGUAUGUGUAUUUUUCGGGAUUUGAGUAUAGCUGACACAGAUGUAGAGAGAGAAGAGGUGUUUUAGAAGGUAGAAAGUGUGUUGAACUCGAAACAAUACUGUCGAAAUAGGUUCAUGUUUGUAUGUGUAUAUAAAAAUUGGGCCAACUCCCACAUACCUUACAAAUGGAAAGAAAAAUUGAUCUUUUAUUGUAAUCA